AUGCGCGACGUGUACGACUACUUCGAGGGUGGAGGCUUCUGGGGCAUACUGUGCUCGAAUGGCCUAUGGUUGCUGCGCCUACGACACAUCCGCCGAUUCUACAUCUACCUGCUAGAAAUUCCAGAACAAGACAUGCAGACUGUGUCAUGGCAAGAUAUUGUAGCUCGCGUCAUGACACUGAGGGACGAAAAUCCGAAAACGGCGGUCAACAUGCCCCAGGCUCUUCGUCGGUUCAUUGGGAGCCAGUCAAAGGAACGGCUUGACGCCCAUGACAUUGCUAAUCGUUUGAUGCGCAAGGAGAACUACCUCAUCGCGUUGAUCAACAAAGAUGUUCUUGACCUAUCUCUCCCGCUGCCUUUUCUACGCGGACGACAAAUGUUCUCCAAAACCAUGGAAUGGAACCUGCAGUUCUGUGUCCUAGAUAUGGCAUUUAACGACCUGGGUCAGGUACAACAGGACUUUCUUCGUGCCGAUCGCCGCGGGAUCCUGAGCCAAAAGCUUCGUCAACGGUUCUUGUUUGCGGGUUGCCUUAACUUGCUUUUUGCUCCAAUGGUCCUCGCAUACGUGAUCAUCGUCUAUUUCUUCACUUACUACAACGAAUACCAAAAGGACCCGAAAUUAGCAGCAGCGCGCAAGUAUUCAAGACUGGCCGAAUGGAAGUUCCGUGAAUUCAACGAGCUGCCUCAUAUCUUUUACGAAAGGCUGCAUAUGUCGGUACCGUUUGCCACGCGCUAUGUGGACCAAUUUCCCAAAAGAAUGACAGAAGAUAUAGCGAAAACGGUCGCGUUCAUCUCCGGAGCCUUAACCGCUGUUCUGGCAGUACUGACUGUGUUCGAUUCGGAGCUGUUUCUCGGCUUUGAGAUCACUAAGGACAGGACGGUCCUUUUCUAUCUCGGUACCUUUGGAGCCAUCUGGGCCAUGUCGCGCGGCAUGAUAUCCGAAGAAACCAAUGUUUUCAACCCCGAAUAUGCCAUGCGAAACGUGGCCGAGUACACCCACUACAUGCCUGAGCACUGGAAGUCUCGGCUGCACAGUUAUGAAGUCAAGCAGGAAUUCGCUCAGCUGUACAAGAUGAAGUUCGUCAUCUUCCUCGAAGAGGUCAUGGGCAUCGUGACGACAUCUCUGCUGCUGCUGUACACGCUCCCCAGGUGUAGCGAACAGAUUGUCGACUUUUUUAGGGAGUUCACAGUUCAUGUGGACGGUCUAGGCUACGUGUGCUCGUUCGCCGUAUUCGAUUUCAAAAAGGGGGUAGACACGGGCAACAGAGCCCGUGACCAGGACGUCCGCGAGGACUAUUACUCAACUAAGCAUGGGAAGAUGGCUGCAUCCUACUUUGGGUUCAUUGACAACUAUGUCAUCAAUCCCAAAACAGGUAUACCCGGUCAUAUCCCGCCUGGUGGACGGCAGCAAUUCCAUCCCCCACCGGCAUUUCCUGGUCUGAACUCGCCUACCCUCGCGACGGACGCACACGACGCGCAUAUGCACCGAUCAGAUGUAGGGAGACGACGGUCGCGCAAUCAGGAGAGUGUGACAACCCGUGCGGCACCGCCUUUGGCGUCGCCAAUGGCUAGCAUGCUGCUCGAUCCUCGCCAUCAACCUCAGGGAGUCAUUGGAGGGGGGAGGAGCCUACAUCGAUCUAGAUAUCCCUGGAUGGCGGCACGAGAUGAAAGCCAGAUUGUUGAGGAGGAUUCCCAGGGCACGGACGAGAGCAGGGCAAUGGGAACCGACCAUGAAGCCUUUGGUAGCGCUGACGACCUUGGGGUGUCAGCGUGGCAGACUUCACCGGGACGUGGACUCAGCCGCGAUAACAGCGCGGCCAACGCAGAUGAGCCUGCUGCCGGCGUCAUUGGCAUGAUUAAGGAGCUUCGACAUACGCAAAGAGGUAGGAGAGGCGCAGGUGUAGUUUAG